AUGGGGCUGUGUAAAUGUCCAAAAAGAAGAGUUACGAAUCAGUUUUGUUUCGAGCACAGAGUUAAUGUUUGUGAAUAUUGUAUGGUGACGAGUCACCCGAAGUGUAUUAUACAGUCAUAUUUGCAAUGGUUACAAGACAGUGACUACAAUCCCAUAUGUGAAAUUUGCACAAAAUCUCUUAGUGAGGGCGAGUGUAUUCGACUUACUUGUUAUCAUGUAUUUCACUGGGCUUGCGCUGAGGCUAAAUAUAGGGCUUUGCCCCGCACUACUGCACCAGCAGGUUAUCAGUGCCCGUCAUGUGCCACACCUGUGUUCCCCCCAUCCAACCUAGUCUCCCCUGUCGCUGAUGAGCUCCGAGAAAAGUUGGCUGGAGUCAACUGGGCCAGAGCUGGCUUGGGUCUACCUCUGCUCUCAGAAGACCAAGACAUGAAAGGCGCAGCUGGACGUCGGUCCCAAUCCCCAAUUGACCAUCAUUCACCGUUCUAUACAAGCACAGUGGACAACCCUCGAGGCACGCCAGUGGGAGCCAGUGAUGACGAGUCCACCGGCCGGUCUGCCAACGGCACGCCACAUUCCAUCGUCCAGAUAUCUGACGAACCAGUCAACAUUUAUGACAGCUCUUCACUAAAGAGAACUGACAGUUUACAAGGUGGUCAAGCUCCAAGGAAAAGUGUCAAAUCAAACGAACCAUUGAAACUGACUACAAACUACGACCAUGAUGAAAAUAAGUACAAGCAGAAAUCUACAUUCGCCUGGAUCAGUAGAUGGUGGAAGAACUCGCUCCCAUCUUCUCGAGUGCGAAGAGCCGGAGGCAUCUAUAGACGUUAUUGGAUCAUGCUGUUCGUUCUGAUAGCAAUAAUAGUAGUCCUAGUGCUACUCAGCCGCAGAGACGUCGAUGAUGAGAACCCCUUCGCUUUUAUCCAGGAUGAUAACCAGAGGGUACUACAGAAAAACUGA